AUGGCCUCUUUUAUUAAUAUUAAUUCAGAUACUAAUGAUAUCUUUGAAGAAAUUGAUUUUAAUGAAAUAAAUGAACAAAGUGACAAUGAUAAUAUUGAAGAAAUCACUUAUUUCACCAAAAAUUUAACUGCACAGCAUAUUCAAUUUUCAGCUAUUUCUGUUGAAUAUUCAUCUACUAAUUCUGAAGGUUAUGCAGUUAUAUAUAACUUUAUUGAUAAUGAAAAUUAUUCUGAAAAGCAAAGUAGUGAUAUUUAA